AUGCAUACGAGCUUAGAAUUCAGUCACGAAACGAGGGAAGGAGGUGACGAGAGGCGUUACGACCCUCCUCUACAACGUCAGUGGGAAGCUGCAGGGCUGAGCAUUGAACGCUUGGGCUUGGCGAAAAUCAUUUCACGCCAAGCAACUGCAGAAGAUUUUGACGAGGAAGAUAGCAGAAGAUUUAUUGGUGAUCUUCAGGUUAUUGAAGACUUUCAAGAUUCUGGAAUUGCAAAUAUGGAUAUGCCCAAAAGAGAUCGUUUAGUGCGGAGGGUAUCUGACCUGCAAUACCAACGUGAUUCUAUUCUAUAUGCCGCCUAA